AUGGUUCACAACUACAGAAUCGUGCGGAUGUUACAUCCGACUCACUUGGUACUUGACCUGGAUGCCGCAGAGAAGUUUCUCUUGGAAGUUUUUGGCAGGAAAUGUGACAAAAUCGAGGCGUAUCUGCCGCCACCGGACAAGGCUCCUGGAUUUCCCCGGGACUAUUCAAUCACGACAAUGAUUGCCGAUGUCUGGUUCGAUUGCAUCGAUCCUCGCAAGUAUGUAGUGGAUGAUCAGCAUUUCAUCGAGCCGGUAGACCAACCGCAUUUGCUUGGAACGGGAUGGGCAGUCGAAGGUAUCCGCGACCUUUACCAGCGAUUCAUGGAUAGUGGCAUCCGCAGCACCGACCAGAGAAAUCGUAUAGGUACUAGGGACAGAAUCCCUCAAGUGCAAUUCACGCCAAAAAGACCCAUCUUUCUUACCCUGCCCGAAAGCACCGGAACUCGGUACCAGGUAUCGCCUGCUGAAUACAUUGGGAAGCUUGACGCACGUACCGAUCCAUCAUGGAAGCUGCCGCCAGUAUCAGCUGAUGAUCCACUGUCCAUUGAGUUUUGCUCCCAUCACACAAUCCUCACCAAGAAUCUCGAACGACAGACUCAUGUACUCGUGGACAUCUGCGGCGGUAAAAUCAUCCAUACCGGUCGCAAUGAAAUUCUCAAGACGGAUAGCACAUAUGUCCUGUUGGCAGACGCAAUUUAUGAACUCGGCGUACCAUAUGAGGAGGGUUCCUUUGCCAUGAAUGAUUUGAGAAGCCGAAAACCACUUGACUCCUACCAUUCGAUCACUUUCAAAGUGCAAGAUUUGGCAAAGGUAGAGAAACAUCUUCGGGACAAGAAGAUACGACUUAUCCACCAAGACGAAACCACAAUUGUAACCGAUCCAUCAGACGCCAUUGGCAUUCCGUGGGGAUUCACCACGAAACGUGUGCCGAAUGACUCGAGAUACUGA